ACCUUGACCUAGUAACACUCUAAAACCCAAGUGAAGCGAAAGAAGAACUGUAAACCCCAUUUCCUCAUCUUCUUCAAGGAGCAUUUCUUAGCUGCUGUUGCGGCUAUUUCUGCCCUUUCCUCCUCCUCCCACCGGCAAAACCCAACUCUAAUUUUCUGGUAAAAAAUGGCUUCAACAUUUGCUGCCAUGUCUUCAGUCGGUUCGUUGGCUGCACACAAUGUUGUGGCAGAAAGGAAACUUACGAGUUCAUCAAGCAAGCUUUCUUCUCUUGCUUCUAUAUCUUCAGCCUCAUUUGGUAGGAAUCAAAAAGUUGUUCUUCAAAGAGCUCGUUCGCCUAGAAUAAAUGCAAUGGCAAAGGAUUUAUAUUUUAAUAAGGAUGGGUCUGCCAUUAGGAAGCUACAAAAUGGUGUUAACAAGCUUGCUGAUCUAGUUGGUGUUACCCUUGGUCCUAAAGGUCGGAAUGUUGUUCUUGAGAGCAAAUAUGGUUCUCCCAAAAUUGUUAACGAUGGAGUCACUGUGGCUAAAGAGGUUGAGUUGGAAGAUCCAGUAGAGAACAUUGGUGCGAAAUUGGUACGACAAGCAGCUGCUAAGACAAAUGAUUUGGCUGGUGAUGGCACAACUACUUCUGUUGUUCUUGCACAGGGUCUUAUUGCAGAAGGUGUCAAGGUGGUGGCAGCUGGUGCAAACCCGGUUUUAAUAACGAGAGGCAUUGAAAAGACAGCCAAAGCAUUAGUUGCUGAGCUAAAGAAAAUUUCAAAAGAGGUGGAAGAUAGCGAGCUAGCAGAUGUGGCUGCGGUUAGUGCUGGGAAUAACUAUGAGGUAGGAAAUAUGAUUGCUGAGGCAUUGAGUAAGGUGGGUAGGAAGGGUGUGGUUACACUCGAGGAAGGAAAGAGUGCCGAGAACAGCCUUUAUGUUGUCGAGGGAAUGCAAUUUGAUCGCGGUUACAUCUCUCCUUACUUUGUAACUGACAGCGAGAAGAUGUCUGUUGAAUUUGAGAAUUGCAAGCUUCUACUAGUUGACAAGAAAGUAACAAAUGCAAGAGAUCUUAUCACUGUCUUGGAAGAUGCUAUUAGAGGUGGAUACCCUAUCCUCAUAAUUGCCGAGGAUAUUGAACAAGAAGCUUUGGCAACCCUAGUUGUGAACAAACUUAGGGGGGCAUUGAAGAUUGCGGCUCUAAAAGCACCCGGUUUUGGAGAAAGGAAGAGCCAGUACCUUGAUGACAUUGCUAUCCUGACAGGAGGAACGGUUAUUAGAGAAGAGGUUGGGUUAAGUUUGGACAAAGCUGACAAAGAUGUUUUGGGUCAUGCUGCAAAGGUUGUGCUAACUAAGGAUACCACAACAAUAGUUGGUGAUGGGAGUACACAGGAAGCAGUUAAUAAACGGGUGGCCCAAAUUAGAAACCUGAUAGAGGCUGCUGAUCAGGAUUAUGAGAAGGAGAAACUAAAUGAAAGGAUUGCAAAACUCUCUGGAGGAGUUGCUGUCAUUCAGGUUGGAGCUCAAACUGAGACAGAACUUAAAGAAAAGAAGCUGAGAGUUGAAGAUGCUCUCAAUGCAACAAAGGCUGCUGUUGAGGAAGGUAUUGUUGUGGGUGGUGGAUGCACUCUCCUGCGACUUGCAUCAAAAGUUGAUGCAAUUAAGGAGACACUUGAUAAUGAUGAAGAAAAGGUUGGAGCAGAUAUAGUGAAAAGAGCAUUGAGCUAUCCGUUGAAGCUAAUUGCAAAGAAUGCUGGUGUUAAUGGGAGUGUAGUUAGCGAGAAGGUGCUUGCUAGUGACAAUCCAAGAUAUGGAUAUAAUGCUGCAACCGGUAAAUAUGAAGAUUUAAUGUCGGCUGGAAUAAUUGACCCAACCAAGGUGGUGAGAUGUUGUCUGGAGCAUGCUGCAUCUGUGGCGAAGACAUUCUUGAUGUCAGAUUGUGUUGUUGUUGAAAUCAAGGAACCCGAGCCCAUGCCUGCUGGCAACCCCAUGGACAACUCAGGAUAUGGGUACUAAAAGAAAGAGCUGUUGGAUUGAGACGACCAGGAGAAGGGACAAAUAAAGAAGACUCAUCUUUUCCUUUUUUCUGUAUAUUAUUUAUCUUGAUGCUGGAUAGGAGUGAGUGAGACUGGGAAAGAUGAAUUAAUAGUUUAGUGAAAUCAAUUCGCAAUGAUGAGCUGCAAUUGGAUGGAUGUCUUUCUAUCUAAUUGCAUUUUGAUGAAGAUGAUAUUUUGUAGUGUUCAAUGCAAAAGGGAUAGAGAUAUGAGAUUGUUAUUGUUUUAACUGCAAUUAUAAAAGAACCAAAUCCCAUAGCUUUGAUUUGGAUGUCUUAAAAGCUUCA